AUCUCCCUUGUGUAACCUCUGGCGAAACUUCACGUGAAAACAGAAGAGCGCAGAAGAACAUUUUGCACUGCAACAAACUUCACGUUACACCCUUCACCUCCUUCGUUCAUGUUUUUUCCACCGUCUUCCAUUCACCAAGCCUUCCAGCUCUCUACUCUGCCUCAUCGCUUCCAUCGCUCAUUGGCACUCCCCCCUUCAUCGCCCUCACAAUCAAGCAGUCAAGCAAGAUGGCCUCCAACUACCGCAGACCAACAGUCGAAAACGAAGACGGCACCGCAGAUGUCGACACCCCAAUGACAGCCUCCAACGACAACGGCGGCACCACAAUCGACCCAACAGCCAACACCAAUACCGAAAAGGACACCAACACAAACAUCCCCGACCGCAGUCCGCGUCCGUACGGCGCAGCAGGCCCCAAUCCCAACGCCAACACAGCCACCAAUGCCGUCCCUAACGCCAACGCCAUUCCCAACGCAAGCACCGCCGCAGGCCCAGCUCCAAUGUCCAUCCGCGUCUCAGACGCCGCUCACAACGAGCUGGCGUUUCGUUUGAAACCCAAUACUCCCUUGUCGAAGGUGAUGGAGUCCUACUCGUCGCGCACCUCUCGGGAUCGCCGGACGCUUCGCUUCCUGUUCGAAGGUGUGAGGGUUACGGACGAGUCGACGCCUGCUUCGCUUGAGAUGGAGGACAAUGACAUGAUUGAGGUGUAUAUGGAGCAGCUUGGGGGCGGGAAUGGGUGGUGAAGGGGAUUUUUGUUGGUGUGUCUGCGUCUCUCACUUUGCUGAUGUCUGGUUGACGAGGCGAAGGAGAGUCAGGAGGACAAGGCUGGUUGUUACGUUCAAGCGGGGCUGUACUGCUACUCUUAGUGGCAUUCGGCGGAUGGAAGUCUCUUCAUGAUGAUACGAAAACAAUGGGCAAUGACAUGAGAAGUACGUGAAUGGUGUCAACGAUUUUCCGAUGCUCGAAACGACGGUGCUACAAGACGG